AUGGCCGGAAUUGUCGUUGCUGCUGUUCUGUUGUUUUAUGUUCUGUCCGUAUGGGCAUUUAUUUCUCGAUCUCCUGUUAGACUGCCACCUGCUGGAUCCAGGUGGCCUAUUCUGAACCGAUUAGAAAGUCUGACUAAAGGAAAAGCAAUUUUAUACCGUGUCUAUCAAAAACAACUCAGCGACAACAAGCCGUACCUCCUCCGCGGGAUAUUUGGGGACAGCAUUGUUCUCCCACCGUCGAUGCUAGAAUGGCUGGUCUCGCAGCCAGAAAGUCAUCUCAGCGCCAAAUCGGCUCAGAUGGAUGCAUUGAACAUUCCGCUAACAUUCUUGCGUGCUGAAAUUGGCCUGAAUCCUGUACAUGAGCCACUGAUCCGCCGCAAUCUCACUGCCCAUCUGGACCAGAUUACGAGCCAUAUCUGGGACGAGGUUGGGCUGGUCUUAGAGGAGCUCUGGGGACAAGAUACGGAAGUCUGGCGUGAAGUCAACUUGGAUUACACGAUUCGCCAUGUUGUGGCACGAGCAUCAAAUCGCGUCUUUGUUGGAGGUGAACUCUGCCGGAAUAACGACUAUAUUGAAAGCUCGCUCCGUUAUGUCUCUAGGGUAUCGGCCUGUGGACUCCUGCUCAACUUCUUCCCUAGUUGGCUAAGACAUUAUCUUGGUGUUCUCUUCCAAAUCCCCAUUCGGGUGGCCUAUUCGCAGUGCUCAAAGCACCUCUUGCCCAUCUUCUCGGAACUCACAGGCAGCGAGGCGGCCUCGUGUACACAUCUCUUCAGCUCAUGGCUCGUAAACAACUCUAAAAAAUACCCUCUUUCCUCUCUCGAGCGCACUCCAGAUUAUCUCAGUCGGCGUAUCAUGGCCCUGAACUUUGCCUCUAUUCACACAACGACACUGACAACAUGUAACCUGCUUCUUGACAUCUUCUCUGACCGGACCACAGCCUCUCUCCUCCGCGACGAGUCUCUUGUAAGCAGCGCUAGCUGGAACACAACAUGGAACCGCGGACGCCUGAACCAGAUGCUGCGGCUUGACAGUGCACUUCGCGAGAGCCUACGACUAUGGGGCCUUGUGGCUAAGGCCAUGAGUCGAAAGGUCAUGCAACCAGCCGGGAUAAUCCUACCAAGUGGACAACGCCUGCUGCAAGGGACUACAGUAUGUGUUUCUGGAUGGGGGCUACAUCACGAUGAAAACGUGCACCAACAACCUUUUGAAUUCAUACAUGACCGGUUCAUGCGGCGAAGCACACAUGGAGCUUCACCGUCACAGGAGGAAACAGAAAUGGGAACAUCUGCUGGACAUGCUGCAGCAGAGACAGAUGUGAACUUUGCCGCCUGGGGCAUUGGAAAACAUGCAUGCCCCGGUCGCUUCUUUGCCGUCGAUCUUAUCAAAAUAAUUCUAAUUCACGUUUUGGUAGACUACGAGGUUGAGCUUUUGGGAGAGCGGCCUGAAAAUAUGUGGAUCGAGUACAAUGUUAUUCCACCCCCGGCUACCACAGUAUCUAUCAGAAGACGCAAAUUGUCAGUAUAG